AGAGCUGCCCGGGCCUGCUCGUCUUCGUCCUUGUCAAAUGAAGCAUAUAUUUUCCUGAGAUUGGGCAGCGCCAUAGGUGCUGCAAAGAGUCAGCUAGUUGGGAGCAGCUUGUCGAUUGCAAUGAGAGGCAGCAAGUACGUAUACUUGAGUACAGAAAGACAGACUUUCACGUUAACUUUGACGGCUUAUUUCGGCGGCGCAAUUGCUCCCGCGACUGGCUUCACCUUUGGCGUAGAACUACAUGUCAAAACCUCACGCCAGAUUGCCUACACUCCACGGUGCAGGACAACGAGUACCACAGCCUCCUCAGAUGACACACAACGACCAACACAAGGAAUGAACCUCAGUUGUGCUCGUAUGAAGCAUGAACUUGGAGCUGUACAAGAAGGCUAUGAUAAUGUGAAUGCAUACUGCAAUAUGAAAAGCACCUUAGGUGCAUGAGCACGACGCUCGAGUCCAGACCGAUGAACUGAAAAACG